GGCGGCCGGCGGCGGCUGUGCCUGAUCCGAGGAGCCGGGGGCCGACGGUCAGAGCAGUUCAGGGGAGGCAGGGCGGAGCUCGGCCAGCGGAGAGCAGCGGGGAGGGAGCCGGUCACAGGAUGGUAAACACCCGGCGGAGCGCAGGGAAAGGCCCGGACGGCAAAUCCAUCUCAUCCCGAACCCGGGCUGGACAGAACCGGCUACGGAACCGGGCGGAACCGGCACAGAAAGAUACGUACAGUGAUGGCAGUUUGAGUGACAGCCACUUAUCUCCUCCAGCCAAACGAUCUCGUAAACAUGCAGAACCUGUGCACAGUGAAAGCCCAAAGGCACGAGCUGGCAAGCCACGAGAGGGAUGGGGCAUUGCCACUCGUCGAUCCAGGUUACUGUCUCAGACUGGUGCUACAUUACCAAACAGCCACAGUAGUUUAUCUCUUAGAAGUCACCCACGUCAUGUCCAAAAGGAGGGAAGCAAUGACCAUGCCUGCAUCACUAGCGAUCGUGAAGUUCGAAGAAGCUGUAGGUCAAAGAGUAGUCAGUUUGAAAGUUUAAACCAGAGCUUGCUGUUUGACCAGCUGGUUAACAGCACUGCUGAAGCUGUCCUACAGGAAAUGGACAACAUCAACAUUAGACGAAGCGGGAAAUCCAGGGAGGUGGAGCGGUUACGCAUGUGGACAGACACCGAAUUUGAAAACAUGGACAUGUACUCCCGUGUAAAAAGGAGACGGAAAAGCCUAAGAAGAAAUGGCUAUCAAAUCAAAAAACACCAUGAAGAGUCCUCUGAGGGGGAGGAGGAGGUUUCAGAGGAAUCCCCAGAAGAAGGCGAAGAUGGAGAUGAAGAAGCUGAGGUGGAAGAAGAAAAUGACCGACCGUAUAAUUUGCGGCAAAGGAAAACUGUAGACAGAUACCAAGCCCCUCCUAUCGAGCCAGCACAUCAAAGGAAGAGACAGAGCACUUUAUUUGACACCCACAGAUCCCCUGCCAGGAGAAGCCAUAUAAGACGAAAAAAGCAUGCCAUUCACAGUAGCGACACAACGUCGUCUUCUGAUGAAGAACGGUUUGAAAGAAGAAAAUCUAAAAGCAUGGCCAAAUCCCGGAACAGGUGUUUGCCAAUGAACCUCAGAGCAGAGGAUUUGGCAAGUGGUAUUUUACGAGAACGAGUUAAGGUUGGAGCCAGUUUAGCUGACGUGGACCCCAUGAACAUUGACCGAUCGGUUCGUUUUGAUAAAGUUGGCGGUCUUAGUCAGCACAUUUAUGCAUUAAAAGAAAUGGUAGUUUUCCCUCUUAUGUAUCCUGAAAUUUUCGAAAAAUUUAAAAUACAGCCACCAAGGGGUUGUCUGUUUUAUGGGCCACCAGGAACAGGCAAAACGUUGGUUGCUCGAGCUCUUGCUAAUGAAUGCAGCCAGGGAGAUAAAAAAGUGUCUUUUUUCAUGCGAAAAGGGGCAGACUGCCUCAGCAAAUGGGUCGGCGAGUCUGAACGGCAGCUACGGCUUCUGUUUGAUCAAGCAUAUGUCAUGCGGCCAUCUAUAAUAUUUUUUGAUGAAAUAGAUGGGCUUGCUCCAGUCCGUUCAAGUCGGCAGGAUCAGAUCCACAGUUCGAUAGUGUCAACGUUGCUUGCACUCAUGGAUGGAUUGGAUAAUCGCGGGGAGAUCAUUGUUAUUGGUGCUACCAACAGACUUGAUUCAAUAGACCCAGCACUCAGGAGACCUGGUCGAUUUGACAGGGAAUUUCUUUUCAGUUUACCUGAUCAGAAGGCAAGAAAGCACAUUUUACAAAUACACACCAGGGACUGGAACCCCAAACUGUCUGAUGCAUUCCUAGAGGAACUAGCUGAGAAAUGUGUUGGUUACUGUGGCGCAGAUAUUAAAGCACUUUGCACUGAGGCUGCCUUGAUCGCCCUUAGACGGCGCUACCCCCAGAUUUACGCCAGCAGUCAGAAGCUACAGCUGGACAUCUCUUCUGUUGUUCUUGGUGCCCAUGAUUUUUACCAUGCAAUGAAAAACAUUGUGCCUGCUUCUCAACGUGCUGUGUUGUCUUCUGGGCAUGCUCUGUCUCCUAUCAUUAGGCCACUUUUAGAGAGGACCUUCUCAGAUGUACAUGGUGUGUUGCACAAAGUGUUUCCUCACGCUGAGUUCAGCAAUGACAACAAAAAAGAGGGUCUUCUCCUAGAUGACAGUGAAGAUGAAAACACUUUGUCAAUAUUUGAUGUGAGUUGUGUCUCGGGAUCACCAAAGAAUCAUCCUGCUGCUCUCCACAAACCCUUCCUCCACUUUACAAUGUCAGCAUGUCACCAGCCAACCUCUUACCGACCCAGGUUGCUCUUGUCUGGGGAGCCUGGCUCAGGUCAGACUUCACACCUUGCUCCUGCCGUGUUGCACAUCCUUGAAAAGUUCUGUGUGCACAGAUUAGACCUUCCAGCACUUUAUUCAGUCAGUGCUAAAACGCCAGAGGAGUCGUGUGCACAGAUUUUCAGAGAAGCCCGGAGAACAGUACCCAGUAUAGUUUACAUGCCUCACAUUGGAGAAUGGUGGGACGCGGUCAGUGACACUGUGAGAGCCACUUUCCUCACCCUCCUGCAAGACAUACCAUCUUUUUCUCCCAUAUUUCUACUGUCUACCUCUGAAACUGUGUACAGCGAACUGCCAGAGGAGGUGAAAUGCAUUUUCAGGAUCCAGUACGAAGAGGUUUUUGUCAUUCACAGGCCUAACCAAGAAGACCGCUUAAAGUUUUUCGAGGAUAUGAUACUCAAGCAGGCAGCCACGCCACCACCAAAAAGGAAAAAUGCUGCACAGCAAGCUCUGGAGGUCCUCCCACCCGCUCUGCCUCCCCAAAUUCAACAACUGUCAGAGGUGGAAAAGCAGAGAAUGGAGGACAAUGAAGAAAACACGUUGAGGGAGCUGCGUCUGUUCUUGAGGGAUGUUACAAAGCGCCUGGCCACGGACAAGCGUUUCAACAUCUUCAGCAAACCGGUGGAUAUUGAAGAGGUUUCUGAUUACCUGGAAGUUAUCAGAGAGCCCAUGGACCUUUCUACCAUAAUGACCAAAAUCGACAAACAUCGUUACCUGACGGCAAAAGAUUUCCUGUUGGACGUUGACCUUAUCUGCAGCAAUGCUCUGGAAUACAAUCCAGACAAGGAACCUGGAGAUAAAAUUAUCAGACACCGUGCUUGCACUCUAAAGGACACCGCGCACGCCAUUAUUGCAGCUGAACUGGAUCCUGAGUUCAACAAACUGUGUGAAGAGAUCAAAGAUGCAAGAACCAAACGAGGUCUGCUGGUAACUGCAGAUGACGUCAUUCCUCAAAGCUCUGUUGCUCGCAAGCCUGAGAGUGGCGCCGAAGAAGCAUUUCACAACAAACACAAAGCGUCACUAGAUGUUGGGAUCCACUCUGGAACAAAAUGUGCAUUUCCGAUUCGGAGACGGCAGCGUAGACGACCCACCUGGGGGAGAGGAAUAAUAAAGAAAAAGAAGUCCAACUAUUACUUGAAAAAAGAAGAGGAGGAAUCCAAGUUCAGAAACUAUGUACAUCCUGAGAAUCCCCUAGUGAAUGGAGACUUGGAGGUCAGCCCAGAUUGCCUGGAUGAGAAUGGAGACCUUUCUGUUACCAAUGACGAGUCCUCUUGUGAUAUCAUGGAUUGUGAAGCAGAGCAUCAGAACGGCACUCUUAGGAAGGUCAGCUGCUUUGUGUCAACAGAAGACGACAGCUCUAAUGAGUCCUUGCUUGUAAACACAAGUAUGCCUCUGAAAGAAGGGUCUGAGUCUACAAAGGAGCCACCUCUUUCUACAGAAUGUUUAAAUGGCAAUGCCUCGCUAGACAGUUUGGAUAACAUUCAGAUAGCCAAAUUGCAGAACGGUAAAGGAAAAACUGAAAAGAAGGUAGAAACCAAUCAUACAAAUGUCCCGGAAAAUGCCAGACUUCAUGGUCACAAUGUAGUAAGCGUGGAUCGUCAGGAAGUACAAGAGGACACAGACCUAGGUCCUGAUCAGGUUCCUGAACAUGAGAGGAUAGCAGAGGGCACUGAAUUGGACAAUCACCAUGAAGGUGAAGCAGGUUGCAAAACAGUGAACAGGGAUCAGGAUUUAGAGGAGACCACAGAACCAGAGCCACCCUUGAUUGUUGACCAUGACAGGCUUAAGAAACUUCUCCAAGUGUUGGUGAUAAAAAGCAACAAUUUAACAGUGGACCAGCUUGAAAGGUGGUAUUCGGUUCUCAGUCAGUGCAUCUACAUGCACCGGAAAGAUUAUGACAAGACAAAACUCAUUCAGGACAUGGAAAGAACAGUUGAUAUGUUUGAAACAUUCCUGUGAAAGCUGCCAAACCAGCAGGUUUCUCCCCUGGCUGCUCGUGGGACAGCAGUCACCACAAGCGAUCAGAUAUUUAUUACCAGUGGCACCAAGUCCACCUCUGAGCCUCACUCUCCAGUGUUUGACCUCUCUCUCUCUCCUUCACUGUAACACGAGAUUGGUGCUAUUGUCUCAGGUACCUGAUGCCAACCAGCCUAACACAACCAAACAAAACUCUAAGUCACAGUGGAAAUGUACCACCACAGCUUGAAAUUUUGCGGUGCUAUUUGGCGCGUGGAGCAAAAAUGCACCACACAAUGUCUACUCACUUUCUAGUGUUAGAAAGCCCUUGGCACCUACAUCCACUUUUACCUUUAAAUGGGUUUUACAUUAAUUUCAUGGAACUGCGCAAAACUGGAACCCACAAACAGUACCCAGAAACUUGUAUUUAUUUCAAAUUGUUUUGAAUCAUUUUCUGUGCAUCACUCCUUUGCCAUCUUUUGUUGUUAUGGCCAUGCAGUGUUGGCAAACCUAUGGAAGACAAGUCAGCGGCAGCUUACUUAAAGACACAUUACAGACUGAACACUGUCUUUCUGAGGGCUACGCUUUUUGUGCCUUUUUUCCUUUCCUUUUUCUUUAUUUUGUACUCUUUGGUAGGAUAUUCAUUUGUAUUAGAUUGUUUGAGGUGGUGGGAAAGAGUCUUUGGGAACAAACUUUGCCACAAAAAUGCGAUCUCUGCCUGAUAAAAUGACCAGAUUCAUCUCCAAGUGUGCAAAUUGUUGUUGUAAAAGUGGAAGCCAUGUAUUAUUUAAUAUGGUGCUGAGUUAACAAAGGCAAUCUUGCAUACCGUUUAAAAUACUCUUAAACCUCUUCAAGGGCUUUCUGUCCCUUUACUAGCUGUACAAAUGAGAGAUAUAAAUUUUCCUGUAUGUUAAAUGACUAGCUAAAUAAUGUUCGACCUAGAUGGUAGCAGCCCUGCAAGUGUAUGAGACCUCUUCUCCUCUUAAUAGGACUUGUUGACUUUUUGAGUGCCAGUGUAGCAUGCAGCAUAUAUUUUGCUCACCCUUUUAGUUUUACCAGGGUGAAAGCACUAAUGAUUGGCUGGCAAUAACGGUGAGUGCAGUAAGGGAUUCGAUUUGUCAUACACAGGUCACUUUAUGCCAGAGCCCAUUGGCACGUUUUGUAAUUAUUUAUUGUUUUAUUUAACUGUGAGAGCAUGGGUUGUGCUACUGUUGUGCUUGACCCAGUGACAUUAGGUCAGUAGGAAUACAGCGUGAUUUCCAUAGUUUUCAAUGUUACAUUUCCAUAAAUCACCAUUCUAUCGAUAGACCUGCAGGUUUUUUUGUUUUUGCUCUGCUUGAUUAUUAUUACUUUGUUUUUACUUUUUUUGUUUGAAUAGAUCAGUAUUGAACCAGUUUGAACAAGUAAUUUUUUUUAUUGUUUUUUGGUAUUAAAACAAAGGAAGUGGAAUCUGUGCAAUGGAUCGCCCUGUCUGCCUACGGCCCUUAGCGUUUAGCAUACCACUUACUUGUUUGUGUCUAAUGACUUUUGGAUUUCAAAUGCUCUGCAGUCCAUUAAAUAAGUAGCCCAACUUGCUUGUUACUGUCACACAUAAUCUUUGCCUAUGUUGGCUGCACUAACAUGUUUUGUUAUUGCAUCAUUUGUGAACAAGGGUUCAGCCAAGAGUUUUACUAGCUGUUAUAGUACUUAAAGCAUUAAGCUGUGUCAUUCAGCCACAGAGUGAUCAAUUAAACUCUUGGAGGAGGCAUCAUGACUAGUUGGCCAUGUUUUUGGAAUUUUUCAUUUAUUUUUUUUCUCCACAAUAGUUUUUUUUUUUU